AUGUUCUACAGAUCCACCGAAAGCGUCACCAUCCGCCUCCCCCCUAGACACUUUCACUGCUACUACAUGCGCGCCCUCUUGGACAUCCUCUACUCCUACGAGGGCAAGACCAGCACAAACAACAGCACUCUGAUCGCCGUCACCCAAAUCUUCAACGUCUCCGGCGGGCGCAUCCCCCCAUCCGGCAACGACAUCUUCAGCGACGGCGGAGCCGACUUCACUAUCGCCUUUGAGGCGCUCAUGUUCCACGCCUUUCCGGGAGAGGUCAUGUUCGGCACUGUUAUCGGGAUGAGCCCCUUUGGGAUCUUCCUUACGUGUGGUGCUGCUAUGCAGGUUUUUGUUGGCGUGGCGCUUUGUGCGGAGGGGAUCACCUGGGAUGGGAGGAAGGAGACUAAGAGUCAGGAGUUGAAGAGGUUGUUGAAGGAGAAGGAGGGCAAGGAGGGGGAUGAGGAAGAAGGAGGGAGAGGGAGAGGAAAAGGUAUCAUGAUUGGCGAUGGGGUAUUGGUCAAGAUAGCCGCGGUCAGUAGGCAGGGCGAUAAGUUGCAGGGCGUUGGGGACAUGAGUGGGGAUUAUACUGGG